GAUUAGGUUUCCUAGUUACGAGAGGAACAUAUCGUCACCUUAAUCCGCAAACCUCGUAACUCCACUUUUGGUCGAAAUUUAGUUUUUUGUAUUUUCUGAUUCUUUAUAAAUAAACAAAUAUAUAUUUCAAAUGAUAAAACUGUUAUGCAAUAAAAAACAGUCUAAAAACUUUGCCCAGCAAACUUCGUAACUCCACUGCGAAAAAUUUUAAAUGGCAAAUCUCGUAACUCCAUCUAUGAUUAUUCAAGAUGGCGGAAAACUGUCAAAAUUGAACAAACAGGUGUCGGUCUCAAAUCUUAGCAGCGUGUGUUUUUAGUUACUAAAAGUUUUUUAACGUCAGUUUGGAUACAAUGGUAAGUUUUUAUCAGUUUUUUAAAUAUAUUCAGUCAAUAAAAAAAUAGAAAUAGGAAACUAAAAAUAAGUAAAAUAAUUUUAUUCAGCCAUUUAUCUUGAGAAAUUUGAUAUAUUGCGGAUUGUUUACGUUUUCGAAAUGUCAGUAUAAGCUAAACUACUCGGUAUGUGUUUUUAUAUUAAAUCUCAUUGUUUGUAGGUAAAAAGGCGAAAACAAAAAUCAAAAAAGCGAAAUGUGGUUGGAAGCAGCAUUGAUCAAGAUGUAUCAGAACAACCUCAAAAAAAAGUCUUUAUUCGUGAAAAUAGAAUUAUACAAAGAAUUGAUAAUCAUAGUCCACAUAUUCUUGACAAAGACAAUAACAACAACAUUGAUGAAAUCAGUACUGAUGCAGUUUCAGUCAACACCAGUGGUGCUUCUGAGAAGAAUUGUUGUAUUCGAGCAGAAUUUAGUCAGCCAUCUAUCAAUUUCUUCAGAUGCUAAUUUUUUGAUCAACGACAAUAGUAUAGAGAGAAAAAAUGCCAGAAAUACACAAAGAAUUGAUAAUCAUAAUCCAGAUAUUCUUGACGAAGACAAUAGCAACAACAUUGAUGAAAUCAGUACUGAUGCUGUUCCAGUCAAUACCAGUGGUGCUUCUGAUAAGAAUUGUUAUAUUCGAGCAGAAUUUAGUAACCCAUCAACUUCUUCAGAUGCUGAUUUAUUGAUCAGUGACGAUAGUAUGGACAGAAAAAUUGUCCCUUAUUCUGAUAGCUCCGAUAGUGAAACAGAUAUUAAAAAAAGAAGAAAACGAAGGAAAAGGAUUAGAAAAAAGAGUUCUGAUUGGAAACAGGAAAUAGAUCAACGAAAAAGAGAAUUUGGUUAUCCAUAUAAAGGCAAAAGAAUGGAAGAAUUGUAA